CAGGCACAAAGCGCAAGUAGGCACUUCACUCACAGCAGCUUCGCUUCAUGGCAGCCUCAGGCCCUUUGCUGGACACCUGUCCUUGUUUGUGACGGCUGGCCCCCCACUGGCACAGAAGGAUGACGCCCUGCUACAGUCCCCCCGGGAACGAGACGCUGCUGAGCUGGAAGGCCUCGCGGGCCACAGGCAUGACCUUCCUGCUGCUGGCCGCACUGUUCGGGCUGCCGGGCAACGGCUUCGUGGUGUGGAGCUUGGCAGGCUGGCGUCCAGCGCAGGGGCGGCCGCUGGCGGCCACGCUCGUACUGCACCUGGCGUUGGCCGACGGCGUGGUGCUGCUGCUCACGCCGCUCUUCGUGGCCUUCCUGGCCGGGCAGGCGUGGCCUCUGGGCCAGGCGGGCUGCAAAGCUGUGUACUACGUGUGCGCUCUCAGCAUGUACGCCAGCGUGCUGCUCACAGCGCUGCUCAGCCUGCAGCGCUGCCUGGCCGUUACGCGCCCCUUCCUGGUGCCCCGGCUGCGCAACCCGGCCCUGGCACGUCGCCUGCUGCUGGCCGUCUGGCUGGCCGCCCUGCUGCUCGCCCUGCCCGCCGCCCUCUACCGACACCUCUGGGGGGACCGCGUGUGCCAGCUAUGCCACCCGUCGCGGAAGCACGCCGCCGCGCACCUGGGCCUGGAGACGCUCACGGCCUUCGUGCUGCCUUUCGGGCUGGUGCUCAGCUGCUACGGCGUGACACUGACGCGGCUGCGGGCCGUCCGCUGGCGCUCGGGCCGGCGUGGCACCCGCGUGGGCCGCCUCGUGAGCGUCAUCGUGCUGGCUUUCGGCUUGCUCUGGGCCCCCUACCACGCGGUCAACUUAGUGCAGGUGGCGGCCGCGCUGGCUCCACCCGAGGGGACCUUGGCCAGGCUGGGCGGCGCGGGCCAGGCGGCGCGGGCUGGCACCACCGCCUUGGCCUUCUUCAGCUCCAGCGUCAACCCGCUACUUUACGUUUUUACAGCCAGGGACCUACUGCCCCGCGCCGGUCCGCGUUUCCUCAUGAAAUUCUUCGAGGGCUCUGCGGAGGCCCGAGGCGGGGCCAGCCGCUCCAGGGAGGGGACCAUGGAGCUCCGAACGACCCCUCGGCUACAAGUGGUGGGCCAGGGCCAGGGCAACGGGGAUCCUGGGGGCGGCCAGCAGAGGGACAGUCAGGAAUGGGACCCUUGACCCUUGCAACCACCCCGAUCUUCCCCACCCCCUGCCCGUCCGGGAGCAUCUAGGACCUUCCUCUGAGGGAGGUUUGGCUUGUGUGUUUGGAGCAGGCCCGUUGCCUGCAGGAUGGUGGGUAUCCACGUGCCCAAGCCGCUGGCUCCUCUGCCAGUAGCCAUGUUUGCGAAACACUCCGGGAAGCCAUAAGGUGAUGACCUAAGUGCAUUCCUUGUGGUGGUUCAUCAUUCCUGAGUUACAUACU